AUGCCCAGCAAGCUUUUCCGCAACGGGCGGAUCCUGACAGAAGCUAAUGCCAAAUACGAUACACCAGUCCAAUUUGCUGAUAGCAUGCUGGUUCAAGAUGGGAAGAUUACCGCCAUAGGAUCCUAUCAGGACAUUGCAGAUGGUAUCGAAGACCUCGAAAUCCAUGACCUCCAACAGCGUGUCGUGCUACCGAGCUUUAUUGAUGGGCAUAUGCAUCUUCUACUUCUCGGACAGUCCCUCCGCAAGUUGGACCUUACUAAAUGCACCAACCUGGUGGACAUCCGGUCAACAAUCAAGUCAUUUGCUAUUGCAAACCCGCAGGUGGAUACUAUCAUGUGCAGAGGCUGGAUGCAUUUUAUGACUCCGGACGGAGUAACAGCGGAUCUGAUCGAUGAUAUUGACCCACGACCUAUUUUUAUCGACAACAGUACUCUGCACUCAUGUUGGUGCAACUCAGCUGCAUUGAAGGUCCUGGAUAUCGAAGACAUGCCUGAUCCCGCAGGAGGCAAGAUCCAUCGGUAUGCCGACGGCAAGCCUUCUGGUUUACUCGAUGAAGGGGCUAUGAUGUCUAUCAUCUGGCCGUUCCAAGCAAGGUCGUCUCCCAAAGGGGAACGCAUCGAAGCGAUCCGCGCCGCCAUCGAGAAAUACAAUGCUGCUGGCUAUACUGGUUUAGUAGAGAUGGCUAUGGAUGAGGAAGCCUGGGAUGCCUUGGUAACUUUAUUUGGAGAGUCAUAUCAAGCUAUUCGCAUCGCGGCAUACUGGCUCAUUAGGCCCACCACAGAUAACAAGGAGAACCUAAGACAGGUCCAGCGUGCAGGCGAGCGUAGCAGAAAGUUCAAUAGUUCGACCAGCCCUAAUUUGCGACUUGUUGGUGUCAAACUUAUUUGCGAUGGUAUCAUUGAUGCUUGUACUGCGUAUCUCUCGCAGCCCUACUCCCCACUGCCGUCCUGCUUCCCGCCUCCUAUCUGGGAAACGGAGUACCUUGAGCCUGUUGUCAAUGAAGCCAACGGUCUUGGGUUACAAAUCGCACUCCACGCUAUUGGAGACGCCGCAAUCAAGAUGGCCAUCGACUCUUUAGAGAAAUACGGCACUCCAGGGCGCCGCCAUCGCAUUGAACACUUAGAGCUUGCAUCACCAAGAGACGCUCAACGACUUGGUGAGCUUGGCCUUACAGCAUCUAUCCAGCCCGUCCAUGCCGACCCAUCAAUCCUGCAAGACUGGCCAAAACUUCUAGGCGAAGACCGCUGUUCUCGAGCCUUUGCCUAUCGCGAGUUUGCAGACGCUGGUGCUCUCAUGGCACUAGGAAGCGACAGCCCUACGUCACCUUGGCUACCCAUGCAUAACCUCUAUGUGGCAACCACGCGCCAAUCGUCUCGAAAACCAGGCUAUGGAAAACCUGUUAACGAGCAUUUUCGGCUUGGCCUUUGCGAGGCUAUCGUUGCAGCGACUGAAGGUGCCGCACGAAGUGUAUUUGAGGACCGGACAGGAAGUCUAAAAGUCGGGAAGUUGGCAGACUUUGUUGUUGUUGAUAUGAGCCUAGACCCAAGCAAGUUGCUGGAGGCAAAGGUUAAAGAAACUUGGUUUGAGGGCCAACGUGUUUGGAUCGAAACGGCAGAAGUGGCAAAGUAG